AUGUCGCGUGUCAUCGCCGCUGCUUGCUUCUUUAUAGCUCAUGUUUUGUCUUGCAUAAAUGUAUGCUAUCAAGACAGCAGCAACAGCCGUCCUCGUGAUCAGAACUCGGUAUCAGAAUCUUCUAGAAGAUUUCGUGCGGAGUUCUUAGAAGACUGGCCACAAACACCGGGCUCACCAUACUUCGAUCCAAGUACUCCAGAUAAUGUAACGGGAUUAGUGGGUUAUCCAGUAACUCUGCUGUGUAAAGUAAAAAAUCUACAAAAUCGCACUGUAUCAUGGGUGCGACAUCGAGAUAUACAUUUACUGACAGUGGGUCGAUAUACAUAUACCUCGGAUCAACGAUUCGAAGCCCAACAUAAGCCCCGCUCAGAAGAAUGGGCACUCAGAAUACGCAGCCCACAACGCCGUGACUCAGGACAAUAUGAGUGCCAAAUAUCUACGACGCCACCAAUUGGACAUGCUGUUUAUCUUAAUAUUGUUGAGCCAGAAACUGAGAUUUUGGGUGGUCCAGACUUAUUCAUUUAUGCUGGCUCUACUAUAAACCUAACAUGUAUUGUCCGGCAUACGCCAGAACCGCCCAACACCAUUAAUUGGACACACAGAGGAAAGACGAUAAACUUUGAUUCGACCAGAGGUGGCAUUUCAUUAGUCACUGAAAAAGGAAUUCAUAGUAGCAGCCGUUUGUUGAUACAAGCAGCACGUACUUCAGACGCAGGAUCAUAUCAAUGCGUACCCGAUAACGCAUUAUCAGCUACCGCUCGGGUACAUGUACUUACAGGAGAAACACCAGCUGCAAUGCAAGGUAACGCGCAACAGCUCCGUGUUUUGGAUAUCCCAAUACUCAUUGCUACUAUUGUUAUAUAUAGGUAUACAUUUUCAGAAUAA